AUGAGCAUUCCAACAUGCUCUUCAUCAUUACUUUCAUCAACAACAACAACUACUACUACUACUACUACUACUACUACUUUUACAACAACAACAACAAAUACAAAUGAAGCAUUGGUUGAAAAUUUUAAUGAUAGAAGUACCUCAUUGUAUACCGCUCAGGUUCGUGAUAGUGAACGUAGACCCCACUUUGGUAAAAAGCAAGGAGAAUAUGAAAUUGGUGUCACCGAUCCUCACGGCAAGUCCAGUGAACAGAAUCGCCUUUGUGCCAUCUCCAAUGCUAUAAUGGUAGCCGUGCCAUUGUCUGAUUGUCAAGAUAGCCUCGACCGUAUCAAGGACCAUAAUACAUAUAUGCCAGACAACUGCCGCCUCAUAUGUAGAGAGUUCAAUACCUCUGCCAAGUGGACCACCGAGUUGCUAAGAGAAGUUUACAAGGAAGUAUUUGGAAAUAUAACCAGGACUGCUCCCCGCCACCGUCUCGUUGAUGCAAUGGAAAAGGAAAGAAAAUUGGAAUGGGUCAAAUCAGUCAGUCAUCUUGCCAAACCUGUCGAAUACACUGAGGAAGUUAUUGCCAAGCUCAGUGCCCAAAGAUACAAGAAUGCCAAAGUCGUUCCAAUUCGCCGAGAGACGCCAAAACAAAUCCUUCUAGGAAAGGAUAUGUUUCCAAGUCUUUUUGCCAAGAAAAGAUUCCAGCCCCUUCCAAUUAGACUUGUAGAUUUGGAUUACCUUCCUAAAUCAUUUUAUGAUGAUGAAGAAGAAGAAGAAGAGGAAGAGGAAGAGUAUGAUGAAAUUAUGGAAUAUCAAGAAUAA